UCCAGAUCCUUCUACAACUUUCUGUAUCCUCCCUUAUAUUCCUUACCGAAUCUUCACUCCCUUUCCACUACACUUCUCCUCUCAAAUUUUCUCAAAUUACUCUCAUUCUCUCAACAUCUUCAAUUUAAUGGCUUCAGAAUCAGAAUCAGCAGCUACUGAGGCAUCAUCAUUCAUUGAAAAUUUGAUCAAUUCAAGAAACAGAAACUUUUCUUUGUUUUUACCCUUUAUUUUAGCUUUCUCAAACUCAUCAAUUUCAACAACCCCAGUUCAAGAUUCAGCAGACCCAGAUAAUGAAACACAAGAAUCAACAACCCCAUCUACUUUUCUUGAUCGAAUUAUACUCAUAAACCCUUUAACCCAAGGCAUGGUUGUGAUAGAAAACCGGUCUUCCUCUUUGAAUUUUGAGUCUUUUUUGAGUGAUUUGUUGGGAAAAGAUGGUCAGCCACCUGCUUCGAAAGCAUCAAUUGAAGCACUUCUAAAUGUGGAAAUUUGUGAAAAUGGGGAGUGUGUGAUAUGUUUAGAGGAGUGGGGUGUUGGUGGUGGUGACGUGGUGGUUAAAGAAAUGCCAUGUAAGCAUAGAUUUCAUGGGAAUUGUAUUGAAAAGUGGCUGAAAAUUCAUGGGUCAUGUCCUGUUUGUAGAUAUAAGAUGCCUGAAGAAGAAGGUGAUUUGAAUAAUAAGAGUGAAAAUAGAGGGAGAAGGAGAGAGAUUUGGUUGAGUUUUGGUAUAGGAAAUGAUAGGAGAAGUGAGAAUAAUCAAACAGUUUCAGCUAAUUCCAGUUCGGAGAAUGAACAUGAACCAGAGGUUUAAAGAGGAGAUCUUUUUUUUUUUUUGGAAUAAUAUUUGUAUAGAGGUACAUUUUGUAGUUGGUUGGAUUGUGGAAUGAAAAAUGAUUUUUCAAGUUUAA